CGAGCUGAGCUAGAGUCGGUGCCGUUACAGGAUUGCUCAAUGGUUGUGUCACCAGGAGGCUGGACUGGUCGGGCGGAGUGUUUGAGCUCUGAGCUCAACAUCACCGGAGCUCACUUACUCUCUGGCUCUCUCUGAGUGUGAGGCGGUCUCUCUUUCUCUCUCUCUGUGUGUGUGUUUCUUUCUCUAUCUCUCUCUCAGUCUGGACUCUGAGGGAUUUUCUCACCAAAAGUACACAGACCUCAGAGCCACGGGCAUUCACUCUCCAAAAGGACGUGGGUUGGAUUAUUACAACAACCACAAAAAAACGCGCUGUUACUGAAUCAACUGAAGUUUCAUUUAUAUCUCAAUUAUAAUGAGUCUCACACAGAGGAAUGGAGCGCACAGUUUGUAGUUUAUUUUAACCAUCAAAGGAGGCAUCCUAAAAAAUUCGGGGUCUCGUUUUUGCUUUCACGGUCAAUCGGUCAAUCAGGAUGAACUUGCAGUGGAGCAGCCCGGCACCCUGCGUCCGCACCCGGAGAGUCGCGCACAAGCGACUGGACUCAGACGAUCAGCCGCCGGCCAAAUGCGCCAGGCUGAGCGCAGAGGCGGGGGACACACAGGGACUCCUCGGCACAUCUCCCGGGUCCCCGGUCAGCCCCGUCUCAAGCCCUGUCCCGGCGACCCACCAGGGUCCAUCCAGGAUAGGACCGUUUCUGCUUCUACCUCUGGCGGACCGGGAGAGCGUGCACAGCGCGAUGAACACCGACACCGGCGAUGAGCUACUGUGCAAGGUCUUUGAUAUGGGGGUGUACCAAGAAAAGAUCAGAGCCUACGGGAUCCUACCAGCCCACAAGAAUGUGGCCGGCAUCAGGGACAUCAUCCUCGGCGAACGCAAGGCCUACGUGUUCCUGGACAAGGACUUUGGGGACAUGCACACCUUGGUGAAGAGCUGUCGCAGGCUGGAUGAGGAGCACGCCUGCAGGCUCUUCCGUCAGGUGGCCCUGGCUGUGGCACACUGCCACCAGGCUGGCAUCGUGCUGGGUGACCUCAAACUGCGAAAGUUUGUCUUCGCUGAUGAGAAAAGGACACAGGUGAGACUAGAAAGCCUCGAGGACUGUCGCGUCCUAGAAGACCCCAACAAUGACUCCAUGUCAGAUACCCACGGCUGCCCCGCCUACGUCAGCCCAGAGAUCCUCAGCAGUUCCGCGCCUUACUCUGGCAAGAUGGCCGACAUGUGGAGCCUGGGGGUCAUGCUGUACACCAUGCUGGUUGGUCGCUACCCCUUCCACGACCCAGACCCAGCCACGCUGUUUUCCAAAAUCCGCAGAGGCCAGUGCUGUUUGCCAGAGGGCUUGUCUACCAAGGCCAAGUGUCUGCUCCAGAGUCUGCUGAGGAAAGAACCCUGGGAGAGACUCACGGCGACUGAGCUGUUCGCUCACCCGUGGUUCCACGAGCCGCAAUCGUCGCAGGAAGUGGCACUGGGUGAACAGGAAGUGAGCUCGGCAGAACAGAUGGUGCCAUCCUUUGACGUGGAAGAGGAUGAUGAUCUGUUUUGCUGACGGACUUGAUUCAGCUGAGUUUGGCUGAGGGACCAAAGCAAAAAUUGCUAUGAGGGAUUCAUUGUUUUGUUUUUUACAUUGGCACUUUUUAGAAACCCAUUUGUGUACUGUUGAGUGUACAUACACCCCUCAAGCUUUCUACAAAAACUUACUGUACUGUAUUUUGUUGUUGUAUAUGUGUUACUUGCUAAGGGCAUUGUUCACAAUGAUCAUUCGUUGUGUUUCUAUAUGUGCGUUUUUGAAAUGAUUUGGUGCUAAAAGAAAUAACAAGGACUCAGAAUUUGCCAGAUUAUGUUAACAAAAUAAUCCCUGCAGGCUACUAUGACUAUAUCACAGAAGAUUAACCCAUGGCAAACAAUAGUCACCAAUGCUUUCUCUCAGCCUGGACUCACAAGGCUUCAGAAAGCAUUAGAUGAAUCCUGAACGGGACACGAAGAGAGCGGGAUGUUGUUCCUCUCACUCUCUGACCAGGCUGGAGGCUUCACCGGCUGACUCACUGACCGGCUCGAGGAAGGCCUAGUACAAGCUUGACGUCUCACAGCAGGCGGUGUCAUAGAGUGAGAAAGAUGGUUAGCUGAGGACUGAUGUGUCACACUCAGCAGGAAUGCUACAAAGGUGUUUCACUGCCAAUCUGGCAGCGUCUCAGCAAAUGGAGAGCUUUUACAAAUCUCACACCAUGCACAGAAGGUUGAGAAAGGCACGGUGUUACUGAUGUAAGACUCACAGAAAAGUGGGCAGAGUUUGUCUCACACACACACACACAUUCAACAAUAAGCAGUGGCACUGGGCUAACACAAGUCUUUGUAUAUGGCUAACAGAGGAAGGUACGUUCUCAUUUUGAACAGUUAAAACUAAAACAUUUACCUUUUUUAAACAUGCUCAAAGCUGAAUAUAUCAUAUAAAAGGUUGCGUCCAAAGAGAAAGUGUCCAUUAAAAGGGUCUGACCUUGCAAAUUUGACUCUGAUCAGUCUGUUCUGCUCUACUCAAAUGCUGUGUGUGCAAUUAGCCACAACUAAACCUAACACUAAUGCUUCUGGUUUAAAAUAAAAUGCUGGAAGGAACUCUGGUUUUAAAGACUUGGUCACAUGAGAUGGUUAAUUUGUACGCCUGAAGGAAUGCUACAUUAGGAUUUUCAUGGAAAAAGUAAAGAAAUUCACAGAGAAUUCAAAUGGUACUUCCUAUUGACUCAAUAUGAAUUAUCUCCCAAUUCAACAUUGUUUGUAUUUUUUAAGAAAUGUGUCUAAUAUCCAGUUAAGGAACCCAUUACAGAAAAAUGAAGACUUUCUCAGUUGAGCAGUUUAACCUGUUUUGUUCAUUUCUGUUGGAACAUUAUGUCAAGCUGUGUUGCUUUAACAAAGCUGAGCUGUGCUGAGUGUUGUGCCCAUAUCACUGUGUUUCAUAAACUGAAUGGCUCUGAAUCAGUCACAGUCAGGCGAUAUUUGAGGUUGGUUGUCUGAUGAUGACUCAACACUUGCAAGCAUGUCUGUAGAGAAUGGUCCUGACCUUGGCUGGAAGAAUCUGUUCUGACUGUUUCACCUCUUUAAUGGUACUUUUUCUUCCUUCCUUUUUAUUUUUUUGCCAUUGAAAGCUGUGGAUCCCUGGAGACUAGUCAUCAUAGUUAGAGACAUUAUGUACCAUGUUCUAAAAUAUGUUCUAUCUUGGACUGUGACAGGCAGAUACAGCGUUUCAGUGACUUUAGUCUUACAGGCUACUGUAGGUCUGCAGCCAGCUAUUUCAUUCUGGCACAAUUAUUUUGACAGCGGUACUAAAUCUGGCAUAUCUGAGAAGUACCGUGCAUAAAAUGUUUGGGUCACGCAAUAGGCAAAUAAAACGUCUGUUGCAGUUCUUUAAUUAUUUUCUCUCAUCUGAUUGAGAUACAAGAUGAGACCGGCCUCAUGACAAUCUUAAUUGUUCCUCACAGAAAAGUAAUUUAAGAGAUUUAUGGUUUUCUAGUUCAUACGUGUAGAGUGAAUCACAUUCAUGUGACAUGUAGAGUAAACUGACACGGGUGCACAAACUUCAUAUUGCACUGUGAAUUAUGUAUUUGUGACACAACCUAGAGGCUAUUAUUACUCCAGACAGGUUACACACAAGAGAUAUAUUCAUUGUACAAAAGAUGUAAAUAUGUAUAUUUGAAAUAUGUGUGGAGAUGUUGAAUAAAGAUCACAUUUUUUCAUAUUAA